AUGGAUAUCGUCUCGAUGCACUCCAGCUCCGUCGAGUACGUGUCCCGCGCGUACUUGACGUCGAUGCUGUUGCUCUUGAUGAUGGUGCUCAACACCACCGGCUCGAUAGUUCACAAGGUCGCCACGACGUCGGGGCACUCCCACCUGACUAGCGGCAUAAACUUACGCUCGUAUCCCUCCACGACCGGGUGGAAGUUCAUGCCCCCCCUGAACACGUCUACGAUCAUGGCGGUGGACGACGGUACACUCCUCUGCCUGAACAUCAUCGACAGCACCUCCGACGCCGUCAGCAGCGACAACUCACUCAUGGUGGCGUUCCUGAUCGUCCUCACAAGCUCGCUAGCGUUAUUCCUCCUGUACCUCUCCUGCUACGCGUGUCCGGUCGAGGUCUUGAGCCUCGUCGAGCUAAUCCUCAAGCUGUCGAAGCCCCACGUGGAGUACAUGUCGGCGACCUCGGGAUGA